GAGGAGCUGGCGGGCCGGGUCGCUGUGUGGGCCGCGCGCCCUCCCCGCUGGGGUGCGGUCAGCGGCGACCGCGCGAGGCUGCGCCCGGGGACGCGCGGAGCGUGGGCGAGCGGGGGCGGGGUGAGGGACCCGGAGGGAAAUGCUGUCCCGAUCGGAGCUGACGGUUCCGCCCGGCGGCGGGCGCGGGAACCCGGGGGCGGUGACAUUUCCGAGGGACGCUGGCGGAUGCCCGUGAGCCCGGUGUUUGGGUCGCUCUCCAGGCGACUCUUGUUGGAAAUGCCCCACGCUAAUUAAUCAGCUGUAGUAACAGAAACGGGGGGCGUAGGAGAGGUUCGUGGGAAACCUGUGUGUCUCCUGUUAACGUUGUUUAAAGCAUAAAACUAUUCGGAAAAUAAUUUUGUUAAUUAAAAGAACCAGCCAGCGAUGAAGAACAGAGCCAAAGUGUCUGUAGACUGAGAACCCGAUUAGAUUUAAACGUGCUCUGCAUAAUUGGAUUUUAAUGUGAAAAGCUACAUAUCAGAAUGUAUUUUAAAAGACAGUCUGAGACCUCAAGGAAAUAAAUGCUAUAGAAUGUGGUGUGGCACUGCAUGCUGGUGGGUGGGCAGAGCAUCAAAGAUGCAGUCCGUAAUGGUGAAAAGUAGGCAGAGAGAAAUUUCUAUUUAUUUGACAAUUUGUAGUUAGUAUUAGAAGCUCAGAAACUUAGGGGAAUUUUUCCUAUCUUUUUUCUUUCUGGAAUCUUAAAGCUGGACUUUAAGAUUCUGGACUUUUCUGGAAUGCCCCUGUGGAUGGUGCAGCCAGAGUGGGAAAGAGAGAGCGUUGUGUUACAACAGAGACCUGGACUCCAGAAUCCAUGGUCUUCUGACCUAAUGUUGUAAUCUUUGAGAAGCUGCUUCUCUCCCUCAGCAUCAGUUUUCUCAGUUGUAAAACAGAGAGAUUGGACUCAAAACUCUGUUCCUGUACCUUGCUAGCUUCUAAUUAUGGCCCUACUGACAAAGCAUCUUGUUUCAGUUCAUGGUGGAGUAGUUUGUAAAACUGUGGAGCUAAAAUCUGUUCUGCUGGCUUCCAUUGUUGCUUCUAGAACAGCUUCUGUGUUAUCCAUAGUUUUUCUGCGUGUGAAGUUAAGUGACUUGUUUUCCAGUGCCACCUGCCAUUGCAUUGUUGUUUUUCAUGUUCACUAGUUUGCUAGGGACUGUUGGAGUGCCGUCUCUCCUGCCCAGAGCUAGAGACUUUGUAUGUGGAGUGUGGGAUGCUCUGCCCUGUGCAGAAUAUGGGACAUGGCUCUCUGUAGUGCUGUACUUAUGCAAUUGGUGUGUGAAUUCUAAAUGUUUGAUAAGGUUCAUUUUGUUAGUUUUGGUCCAUUGUACUGGCUUCUCAAGGCCUUACUGAAUUUCAGUGUGUUCAUUGGAUCAUGAUGCACUCAAGAGAGUCUGGAGAAACAGAAGUCUGUUUUGUCUUGGUCAGAUGCUGGUCAUAAUCUUGGGCAAGCCAUUUAAUGUCAGAUUUGAGUUUCCUCRUCUCCUAAGUUGGAAUUUUAAAGUAGAUGCACCCUGAAAUGGGUGCUCAGGUUACUUCUGGUUUUAAAGUCCUUGAGUCUAAUAUUGGGUCCUCAACCUUCUUAAGAGAAUGUUGGGAUUGAGCAGAUGUUUUCUGAGCACACAGUGUUUAAAGGGUGUACGAGGGUUUCGGAGGUAAGUAAGUGGAUAGUCCUAUGUGCUGAAAACCAUGACCUGGUGUGGAAUCAGGCUGACUUGUACCAUGGAAGUAUGCAUAUAGCUGGAUGUAAGGAUGGUUGGGGAAUGGGAAAUUGGCCAUUGUCUAAAAAGGUAACCAGUUUGAGGGAUGAAAGGAUUUGCCUGAUGGGUAGGUAGCAAGGCAGAAUGUAAAGGGCAGGAAAUGUCUGUGGAAAGACCCAGAAGCUUCAGAAGAGUGAGGGAGUUAUAUGUGGUCAGUACUUUUGAAAAUGCAGUCUGGUCGGGAGCUUUCUGUGCUGUGUUGAGAUUUUUGUUCUGCAGGUGUUUGGCAGAUAGGGAUUGUAAGCAGGCAAGUUACAUUAGGCUUGUAGGGUUUGGAGUUGUCCAUGGUAGCAAGCAGAGUGAUGAAUGGGGGGCAUGGUCAGGUGUCAAAAUUAAGAGUGUUGAGCCAAGGGGAGACAGGAAGGAGUAAGUGGAAGUGCUGGAGUUUAUCAGGAUAUAUAGGCAGUGGUUUUCUGUUCAUGGCCAGUGUACUCUAUUCUGUUCUUGUCAGCAAACUCAGCAGAUGAGGAAACUGUCUCAUUGAAGUGCACACAGGGAGAGAAUAGGCCAGAGCAGUCACUGGGUAGGUCAUCCCUUCCUCCUCUCCGUCAGAACACCUCCAUCAUGCCUCCUGCCAGUCCUCUUUCUUGUUUCCUGUGGGUCCUGUUGAUUGUAUUGUUUCUUCCACGGCUGCAUGUCAACAACAUUGAUGACCAGCAGAACAUCAGUUCCUUACGCGCUGCACCAGCAGAUUCAGCUUCUCAUCUUUGCCCCACUGAGGCUGUUUUCUGUGUGUUAGAAAGCCAUGUAGACCACCUCUCCUUUGAAGGCCACUUAGGUGUCCCUGGAGAUAGCCGGAGAAUAUUUUAUAAUUAAAAAUUUUUGAAAAGUGCUGGAGUUAUCGAGGAAAAAUUCCACACCUGUCUCACUACUGCAUGAAGUGUUGAAAGUUUUUAAAGAACGCAGUUGUAUGUGUUGGUGAUAGAAAGAAGAUGGAAGUUUUCCAGGAACUUCGGAAACCAUCUGUACGUUUGGAGUGUGACCACUGCAGUUUCAGAGGCACCGAUUAUGAAAAUGUGCAGAUCCACAUGGGCACCAUCCACCCAGAGUUCUGUGAUGAGAUGGAUGCUGGGGGUUUAGGUAAGAUGAUAUUUUACCAGAAAAGCGCAAAGCUCUUUCACUGCCAUAAAUGCUUCUUCACCAGCAAAAUGUACUCCAAUGUGUACUAUCACAUCACAUCCAAACAUGCAGCCCCAGAAAAAUGGAAUGAUAAACUGAAAAGUCAGUUGAACAAAGAAACAGAUCCUUUGAGAAUGCCCCCUCUUCCCGAACACCAGAAAACACCCUCUAAUUCAGCAGAACUCCUGAAACCUGGGACUUCCCUCUCCAUAGAAACACAGAAACUAGGUCCAGUUCUGUCUCCAGAGUCCCCUGAACCUGAUCCUCUUGCUCCACUGGAGCUUCAGAAACCCGGCCCUGCUGUUCCUCCUGAGCAGGCAACAACUCCUCCUCCGGAGCCUUCGAAACCUGUUCCUGUUUCUUCUGAGCUUCCAAAAUCAGCACCUGUUGUGUCUGAGUUGCAGAAGCCUGUCCCUGUCCCCUCUCCAGAGCCACAGAAACCUGUCCCUAUGUCUCCUGAGCCAGUAAAGGCUGCUCUUGCUAACCCUAAGCCUCAGAAGCACUCUCACUUUGCAGACACAGGGGGACCACCUUCAGCCUCAUCUCCUGAGUCACCAGUUCUGGCUGCUUCCCCUGAGUCUUGGGGGUUGUCCCCAACUGCAUCUCCAGAAUCUCGGAAGCCCACCCGGACUGCCUCUCCAGAGCCAAAGAAGCCAUCCCCGUCAGAGUCUCCUGAACCUUGGAAGCCAUUUCCUGCUGUCUCCCCAGAGCCCCGGAGACCAGCCCCAGCUGUGUCGCCAGGUUCCUGGAAGCCAGGGCCACCUGGAUCCCCAAGGCCUUGGAAAUCCAGUCCUUCAGCAUCUUCAGGACCUUGGAAGCCAACUAAACCUGCUCCAUCUGUGUCUCCUGGACCCUGGAAACCAAUUCCUUCUAUAUCACCUGGACCUUGGAAACCAGCUCCAUCUGUGUCCCCUGCAUCCUGGAAGUCGUCUUCAGUCUCAUCUGGCUCCUGGAAAACUCCCCCUACAUCUCCAGAGUCGUGGAAGUCUGGACCACCAGAGCUCCGAAAGUCAUCCCCUGCCUUGUCACCUGAGCACUGGAAAGCAGUUCCCCCAGUGUCUCCUGAACUUCGCAGACCAGGCCCGCCACUCUCCCCAGAGAUCCGUAGCCCAGCAGGCUCUCCAGAGCUCAGGAAACCCUCAGGGUCACCAGACCUUUGGAAGCUUUCUUCUGACCAGCGGAAAACUUCUCCUGCUUCAUUUGAUUUUUCUGAGUCUCAAAAAAGUUCCCGUGGUGGUUCUCCUGAUCUCUGGAAGUCUUCCUUUGUCAUGGAACCUCAGAAACCUGCUGUCUUCCCUGAAACCCGGAAGCCAGGUCCUUCUGGGUCAUCUGAGUCCCCAAGAAUGGCUUCGGAUAUCUGGAAGCCUGUCCUUUCUAUUGAUGCUGAGUCUCGAAAGUCUGCACUGUUUCCUGAGCCCACCAGAGCAGCCCCUCCUGCUUCUCCUGAGCCACGGAAACGUGUUCUUUUCCCAGAGUCCCGGAAGCAUGCCUUGUUCCCUGAACUGCCCAAGUCUGCUGUGUUCUCAGAGGCUCAGAAAGCAGCAGAGCUUGGUGAUGAGCUACAGAUAGAUGCCGCAGAGGACCAAAAAUGUGAUCUUUUGGUUCAGGAAGAGCUUCUGGCCACUCCCAAGAAACUCUUGGAAGAUGCCCUAUUUCCUUCCUCUAAGAAGCUCAAGAAGGAUAGCCAGGAGAGCUCAGAUGCUGAGCUGAGCAGCAGUGAGUACCUCAGAACAGACCUGGAUGCCAUAGACAUGAAGGGCCAGGAGUCCAGCAGUGAUCAAGAACAGGUGGAUGUGGAAUCUAUUGAUUUUGGCAAAGAGAACAAAAUGGACAUGACAAGUCCAGAGCAAUCCAGAAAUGUGCUACAGUUCACUGAAGAAAAAGAAGCAUUUAUCUCAGAAGAGGAGAUUGCAAAAUACAUGAAGCGUGGGAAGGGGAAAUAUUAUUGCAAGAUCUGUUGCUGUCGUGCUAUGAAGAAAGGUGCUGUUUUGCAUCAUUUGGUUAAUAAGCACAAUGUCCACAGUCCUUACAAGUGCACAAUUUGUGGAAAGGCCUUUCUUCUGGAAUCUCUCCUUAAGAAUCAUGUAGCAGCUCAUGGGCAAAGUUUACUUAAAUGUCCACGUUGUAAUUUUGAAUCCAAUUUCCCGAGAGGCUUUAAGAAACACCUAACUCAUUGUCAAAGCAGGCAUAAUGAAGAGGCAAAUAAAAAGCUGAUGGAAGCUCUUGAGUCCUCCUUGGAGGAGCCACAGAUUUGAUUUUUGAGCACAGUGUGAACACUUGCUGUACAAUGCUGUCUGUGGAGACUGCAGCUUGUUACAUGGCCUGGUUGGGCCAGUAGAUGGUAAUGUGCAGCGUGUACCGUGUGUGAUUGUUUCACUAGUGUUGAAAGGAUAAGUACUUUUUUCUGCUGUUAUGUGGCUGUCUUGUAAAUCAACAAAUUUCUACUGUAUAUUUCAGAUGGUUAAAACUUCUCAUUUCUUUUAAAUAUAUUUAAAUAGUAACACAGAGAAGUAGGCAUUCUGUAUAGUAAAUGAGCAAGUUCUGAACCCCUGUUAAAAUAUGUGUGCGUGUGUGUAAAACCCAGUUUCAGACAAUAGAGGUUAUUAGGUACAGGGCUCGGGAGCAACUCAGUGGUAGAGCGCUUGCUUAGCAUGUGCCAGGCCCUGGGUUCCGUCCCCAGCACCACACGAAAAAUUUUUAGGUGGAAUGUUCAAGAAUAGGCAUGAAAAGUAAACUUAAGAAAAAUUUUCUUUCCCUGAUGUAUUUUAAAAUCCUAAGAGUUAUUUUCUAUUUGAUCAUGUAAAAUUAUUUUAUAAAUCUUGGAACAGUUUUUAGAUGCUCAUAAACUUYUAUGUCAUGGAAAGCUGAGUCUCAGGGUUGCUGAUUUUCUGCUGACAGGGAAAGUCAAGGAAGUCUUUGAAGUAAUCUGCAGCCUUCUGCAGGGGCUGUGAGGAAGGCCUGGGGGGCUCUUCUCGUCCUCAGUCAAGUACAUCUGAGUCUUCCAUCUGCUGUCCUGCCCUCACUUUCCUGUCAGCCCACACUAACAAAUUAAUGGAUGAUCUCAGAUGAGCUUUUUUCCCCCCCUCUUCUCUUCUGGGGCGCUGGUGAUGAAACCCAGGACCUCUUGCUAGGCCAGUGCUCUUUCUGCCACUGAGCCACACCCCAGCCCACAGCAGAUCCUUAACUGCCAAAUGUGUUAGUGUUCUGUACCUCGUACUGCUGGGCCUCGCUCCCCCUGUUGGGUUUAAGACCAGAGUAGUGGGUAGGAGUUGAAAGUCUUCCAGAUUCAUAGUAAGAGCUUUUGUAAAUGUUAAAGAAAUAUAUCGGUUUGAUUUUCACACUUAUGUUACUGUAAAUACCUUGUACCUGUUCAGGAUUAUUUUAUUCUAAGAUAUUUUGUCAAAUGUGUAUUAACCAAAUUAAAAAGACUUUCAUGUCAGCAGUGUCUUCUGUUUUCUUUGCUCUAACUCAUGAUAUCCAGGUCCCUUCCCCUGACCUUCACUUGUUUUCAACAUAGCAAUGAGCAGCACUUUCUAAGCCAUGUGUUCUGUGGGUCCUGUGACCAGCACGUUAGGAACAGUGGGAGCUCCAUGGGGGGAAGCCUCUUCUCUGCAUUGAGC